GGGACUUAGUAAUGUAAACAAGAAUCGACUUGUCUGUUUAGCAGAUAGCAGGAAGCAACACAGCACGAAGCGUCUCUGCUGGUAAACAAAACCCAGCACUGAAUUCUGCCCAGGUUCGUCUGCUACCGUACGGAAAGGUUGGAGCACGGAUGAAUGCCAUUCAUUACUAACGUAUUCAUCAUCGUUCUCUCUUUUAGGGUGCACACAGCCAAACUCAUGCUAUUCAGAGAGAUUUAACGGACAACUAAGCAAAGACGAGGUCAAGAUGAAAAAAGGCUACUGUGCGCGGAUGCUGCUUGUGUCCCAUAUACACUUUUGCUGCGUCCGCUGACUAUCGGAGAAUUUGGAUAACUUCUGCUUUCGUCUGUGUCCUGUCUCGCCCUUUCUGUCUACCAUUCAAUCGUGCCUUACGUAGUGUUGCUGAAGGCCAUGUGUGGUAUUACGGGGCCACCUCUUUGUUUAUCAUUGUCUGGCGGUAGUGUCUUGCGUGGUUGGCAGUGAUGAUGAUAAUAGAGCGGGGAGCAGAGUUAGCAUAGUACUGUUGUCAGUGGCGACAAUGAGAACGGCCAUCGUCUUCGUUGGUGAAACAACAAAGUAGAUUCUGCCUACAGAGCAGAUAGCUGCAGAAAUCCCUGAGUUUGUGAGCUGUUGAUGCCGGUGAUUCGUGCGGUGUCGUAAAAAAAAUCACGCUGUGUAUAGAAUUGCCCGGGUGGCUCAUACAGUUUUUUCUGACAAACGAGUGGCAGGGAAAAAAGAAAAGGAGAGAUCUACAAUAAAAUACACGGAAUACCAAGCUGAAAUCACUGUUGAGAGCGGAGCAACAACGGAACACCGAUAGCAUCUACGAUACUGUUCGCAAGAAAGGAAACGAAAUUCGUUCCGAAAGUUACCUACUACCAUCAGGAACGAGUGAAGAAGUCGGAGGUUGCUUAAUUCGAUCAUGUGCGAUCCGCCCGUGUAGUGAGCGACACGGUUCGCUGCCGGCUGGGGGCCUGUGAAGACCAGCGCCUGAAGCCGACACUGCUCAUGGCUUCAACACGGCAGAUCAAGUCGAAGAACAUCAAGAUCGGCCGCCCCAUCCUGGCGCUAUGGUUAGCAUUUACCACUUCGCUAUGCUGCGGUGUCGCGGCCUCGGCAUCAGCUGCCUCCUCAGCAGCUGCUAGCUCUACGGGGGCAGGAGACACUAGCGCUAGUACCUCCACAGCCAGCGGCAACCGACUGAUGGAUACGGAGGAACGACUCAGGCUCAGGGAUCAAGUGAAAGAGAUGUUUCUGCACGGCUACAACUCAUAUAUGGCCCACGCUUUUCCAGCAGACGAAUUAAUGCCUUUGAGUUGUAAAGGUCGAUUUCGGGGUGUCGAGGAAAACCGUGGCGACAUCGAUGACGCACUGGGAAAUUUUUCUCUCACGCUCGUUGAUUCGGCGGACACCUUGGUCAUUCUCGGGGAGUUGGAUGAAUUUGAGCGGGCUGUAAAGCUGAUUAUUGAGAACGUCCGAGUAGACAAUGAUGUAGUCGUGUCUGUGUUUGAAACAAAUAUUCGGAUGCUUGGGGGCUUAUUGAGUAAUCACAUCUUAACAAAAUAUCUUCAAGAGACUCGUGGCCGAAUGCCAUGGUACAACGGCGAACUGCUUGUGCUGGCAAAAGAGCUUGGUUUGCGGCUGCUUCCGUCGUUCAAUUCUACAACAGGCAUCCCGCACCCCCGCAUAAAUCUUCGCUGGGGCAUGAAAUCUCCGUCGAUGCCAAAAGCCAGCGAAACCUGUACUGCCUGUGCGGGAACGAUGCUCCUUGAGCUCGCAGCAUUAUCCCGGUUGACCGGCGAAUCGGUUUUUGAAGCAAAAGCACGCAAAGCCAUGGAUUACCUUUGGCUGCAGAGGCAUCGCUCAUCUGAUUUAGUCGGUACUGUGAUAAACGUUAACAGUGGAGAUUGGGUGCGACGUGACUCUGGGGUUGGUGCGGGAAUCGACUCAUACUACGAAUACUGCCUCAAAGGCUACAUCCUGCUGGGUGAGGAUGCGUACCUCGAGCGCUUCGAACGUCAUUACGCUGCUGUGAUGAAAUAUAUCUCGCAGGGUCCCAUGCUUGUUGACGUUCACAUGCAUCGCCCAACAACAAAUGCAAAGAAUUUUAUGGACGCAUUGCUUGCCUUCUGGCCUGGUCUCCAGGUGCUGAAAGGCGAUAUUAAGCCCGCCAUCGAAACGCAUGAAAUGUUGUAUCAGGUGAUGCAGCGACACAAUUUCCUUCCGGAGGCAUUCACUACAGACUUUCAGGUCCACUGGGGACAGCACCCGCUCAGACCAGAAUUCAUCGAAAGUACAUAUUUUCUCUAUAAGGCAACGGAUGAUCCAUAUUAUCUAGAAGUGGGUCGUCGGGUCGUGGACUCUCUGCAAAGCCUAGCCAGGGUUCCAUGCGGCUUUGCUGCUGUUAAAGACGUUCGAACAGGUUCGAAAGACGAUCGUAUGGACUCGUUCGUUCUGGCAGAAACAUUCAAAUAUCUCUAUCUUUUGUUUGCUGAUAAGGCCGAUGUGCCACUUGCAAUCGAUCAAUUUAUAUUCACAACAGAGGCGCACCUGCUCCCCCUGAGUCUCUCUCAACGACGUCCUUCACCGGCAUCAACCGAGUUGAACACAACAGCCUCGCUGGCUGCUGGAGCCAUCGGAACUUCGGCUGGAGUUACUUUGCUCCAUAGCCGUUAUGCAGCUGACACGGCUGAAUGCCCGAACAGCGAAGUGGCCCGUAAUGCGGAUAAGGUUCGCUUGCCGCUUAAGAACCUAGUCGAGGACACCUGCCCUUCACAGCCCGUCAAGAAACGACGUCUACUGGCAUCUCAGUUCGAUGUAUCUAAUCCGCUCCACGUGCAGUUAGCUCGCCAGAUGGGUGUACAAGUUGCUGUGCUGGGCGACGGUCGAAUGCAAUUGGUCCAUAAUGCGGCCCACGCCGCGUCAUCAGCGGAUGGUCAGGAAGGCCUGCUGUUCAUGCACGAGAUGAUUCAGUUAGCGAAACAGACGAAUAGUCGUCCGGAAACUGAGAUGCGAUCCGUGCAGUUCAUGAGAGACGACGACAAACUCGUCGUAAUACCGGCGGGUCCGGCCCAGUUCGGUCCUGAUCUCGGGAAUAGUAACAAUCAAGUGUCUGGCGAAAUAGUGUUGGCCGCCCCUCCGAAGGUGUGUCAUGGCGUAGCCAACUGCGCGGCGAUGACCGGUCGUAUCGCGUUAUUGGAGCGCGGUGACUGCAUGUUCAUCGAGAAGGCUCGCCACGUCCAACGUUGUGGCGCAAUUGGUGCCAUUGUCUUGGACACCGCUCCGGACACAUCUGCGCGUGCGGCAGCCAUGUUUGCCAUGUCGGGUGACGGGGGUCAAGAUGAUCCGUCGAUUCCGGUUCUAUUCCUUUUCUCACUGGACGCUAAACCCCUUCUAGAGGCAAUAAAAGUACAGCCCAAGCUGCAGGUGACACUUGGAGACGCUGUCCCUGCCGGUCCUGUCUUGCCCACAUCAGGGGGUUCCUUGACGAGCGGCGCGUCGGGCAAUGCAGACAGCACUGAUGGCACUGUCGCUAGAAGUGUUCCCGGUGCAGGCGACUUCGAAGCCGACCUCAAUAAAUUACUACAGCAGAUCCAUAAUUUACAAGCUAGUCGUUUCCCUGACCUCAGCAAGUACAAAGAUCGGCUCAAGAAACUUCUGCUGAACAUCCUUGUUAGACAGAGCAAGGACUUCAACUCAGCACUAGCGAAGCUGGGUAUGUUGGGCGUGGUCGAGCCAGACGACCCACUCGGCGCACUCCCGGACGCCUGCGAUCCUCACAGCUGUACGAAUCCGGCAAUCUCUCAAGAACUAUUGGCUGAUUACUUCGCCGGUCACGUUUGUCAAAUGUGUCCUCUUACGACGUAGGUGCUCUGCGGUGGUAGACGGCGGCAAAGGCAAAAAAUUAAGAAGUCAAAAAGGGAAAACAAAUUAAUUUUCUAACAAAUCCGCCGCCUCCCUUGUGUCUUGCUAUUAUUAAUGUAGUGUAAUAUGUAUGUUAAAUUUGAUAUUUUAAGUUUCCUACUGUCGCGAGGGGAUUCGUCUACCUCACGUGACAACAGCGAGAGGACAGAAUUUUGCCGAAGAAAAAUUUUCAUACACAAAGCUAUGGCAUCAAACACGCGACAUAGGGUGUGUGCUGUUCAUGCAUGUUGGCGCCGUAUUUACUUGCUAUUAGUUUGCAAGUUCUUCAGUAGGUUCCCUUGGCCUGCUUAGACCUGGUUGAGAAAGACAACUACCGUAACAUACCGAUAUUAAGACAACCGUAACAACGUUACAGAUGUAUUAGUUGACGUGGAGAAACGUUCGCGAUACGGGUUCCUGUUUUCACGGUGGUCUCAUUGUUGUCGGUCUAAUUGUUGGGGUACCGGGGAAAGCGGGCGGGGGGAUUCAAAAGUAAUAAACGGCUGGUUAUUGGAGGACAGAUAUUCGAAAUACGAAGGACGAUAAUCUAAAAUCGUAGCGUAUUCAUUACUAGUUGGUUUGAAAGAUCAUCAGCAUAUACGUGUUCACACAACUAGUUAACUAUAAUGCUUGAGAAACAAAUUGUCCCCUGGACAACGGCGUGUUGGUCGGUUGUCGCCAGUGCAGUGUACGACAUACACUAUCAGGUAUUACGCAAUAGGUGGCCAAUCAACGUAGUAAUUUGUGUGACUGGACUGUAUGAAAGGACAACGAAGACGGAGAGGGAUAGGGAGAAAGUAACAAGUAUUUCAAGAAUAGAACAGAGGAAUUGUCUAUGGCCACUUGCGCACGCUCCUUCUAAUCGUCAGCUUAAUUUUUCACACAUUUUUCUAAAAAUUGUUUGCGUAGAGCAGAAUUGACAGAUAUAUGUAACACUCUUUGUCAAUAACGAUAUGAUUAUGACAAAUGUGACAAAUACGAAAUGUUGCUUAUUGACUACUUACAGCCGAGCCAUUCGUUUCGUUCGAGAGGUUUCUUUCUCUUUCAUACGCUCUUACUUCUUACCUGCUUAUUACUGAUUACUAAAGUCGCUGAACAUUUUCGAUCCUCGUCGAUGGAUUUCUUUUGGCUUGUCUUCAGUUUGUUCGACCUCGGUGGCCCCUUUUUGUUAGCGUUAUUAGCACUGUGGUCUUAUAACUGCGUGGACAACGUCAAUGCUUUAGUGACUACUGUUUGGCGUGGAAUAGUCUGGGCAAACAUUGUCUGCGUAUUUCGUCAAUUUUCAAACCUUUCUUUCAUUUUUGUUCUGUUUCUGUUAUUGAUCUGAUUCCUGACUGAAGUUACUAGGGAAAGCAGUUUGAGGAUUAUAAUGAUGCUGUUGAUGACAAGCGCGGUCACAAUGAAUAAGACAACUUGGCAAAGCCUACCAAACUUCUUGCCCCAGACUUGUCACGAUAUCCCUUUCAACGAAUACGGCCCCAUUAUAAUUGCUAUCAUUAAUUUUGCCUGAGGCCAAUGAUCGUUGUGCAGCACAUGUCACACAACAAAAAAAGACUAUAUCAAUACGGAAGAAACGAAAAGGGGACUUGACGUUCGAAAGGGCGGAAGCACCGCUCUCUGAUCUUGAGGUGAUCACCUAGACCUUUCGCUAACUAUAAUAAAACGUGAUAGCUAGGAAUAUCGAACGAGAAAUAUGAAGACUAGUUAGUUAAUGGGAUGAUAAGGAAAGAAUACCGAGACGAAGACGAAAAGAGCAAAGGAAGACGUGAUAAAAAAGAAAGAUAUGAUUGAGAGAAGGGGUGAAUGAAGAAAAACUGUUUAACAUGUUCGUGUAAGCGUAUAUUGUAUGAACUUCUGUAUAUAGUGGAUCUAUUUAAAUUUGUGCGCGGAGAAUGAGAGAAUUUGCGGGCUGGCCAAUUAUUAGUCAUGCAAAGUUAGCCGAAAGACCUGGAGGAAUCGUUCGUGGAGCUGAUAGUAGGCAGCAAAGCCGUAAGCGAUUUAAGCCCGGGCCUCGGCUUGCUUCAGUGAACUUGAAGGUUGUAUAAGCGUACACAUCGAUAUGAGACUAGCCGGGAAGGGGAGAAAUAACGCGUGCGAAGGGUGGAAAGUUACAAACGAAUGCGUGAUGGCGAUGGUGAUGGUGAUGGUGAUGAAACUCGUAACUAUAACUAACAAAAAAGCAAUGUAAUAAGAUUACACAAAGGUGUGUCUAAGAAGGACGACGUGAAUAAAGAUGUUAUUUAUACAAAAGGAACAAGCUGUUUUGUAU